AUGGCAGCCGCCACGUCCAGCCCGUACCUAUCCAGCAGGGUCCUGCACACCGAGAGGAGAGGAGCUAUGCAGCAGGUCACCACCGGCUCCAGCGGGUACCGGACAGAGCCACCGGUCAAGAUGACGCAAAGUGACUUCAUGCAAGGCGCCGUUGUGGGCAAUGGAAGUCACAUGCUCAGCCACCAGUGGGUGACGUCUCUCCCGCACGCAGCAGCGGCAGCAGCAGCAGCUGCAGUAGCGGCAGCGGAAGCUGGGUCCGGGUGGCCGCCCUGCGCUCCAUCACAGGAGGCAAAGAGAGCUUCGUCCCGUGAGGACCUUCAUCCUGGCGCCACUUUGCACCACAGGACGCACCUGGGCGCGCACCAGCACUCUGGCGGCUGGACCGGCGGCUCCGGGGCGCACCUGGCGGACCCGGCUCUGGGGUACUCUCAGACAGGCUUCACUGUUAACGGCAUGCUCAGUGCGCACGGACACAACCUCGUGCACUCGGGAAUAGUGCGCGGAGACUCCCCUGAUCUGGACCAGCAUCAUCACCACCACAGCCAGCACGCGCACCACGCACACCAUCAGCACCAUGUGGCGCACGACACGCUCUCAGAUGAAGACACUCCGACAUCCGACGACCUGGAGCACUUCGCCAAACAGUUCAAGCAGAGGCGCAUCAAGCUUGGCUUCACUCAGGCAGAUGUGGGACUCGCCCUGGGCACGCUCUAUGGAAAUGUGUUUUCACAGACCACUAUCUGCAGGUUUGAGGCGCUCCAGCUCAGCUUCAAAAACAUGUGCAAACUAAAGCCGCUGCUCAACAAAUGGCUGGAGGAGGCAGACUCUACCAACGGGAGCCCCACCAGUAUAGAUAAGAUUGCCACUCAGGGGCGCAAGCGGAAAAAACGCACGUCCAUAGAAGUGAGUGUAAAGGGCGCGCUGGAAAGUCACUUCCUGAAGUGUCCGAAACCGUCCGCGCAGGAGAUCAACGCUCUGGCGGAUUCUCUGCAGCUGGAGAAGGAGGUGGUGCGCGUCUGGUUCUGUAACCGCAGGCAGAAGGAGAAGCGCAUGACGCCGCCCGGGCUGCCGCGCACCCCCGAGGACCCGUUCUCUCAGGUGGGCAUGGGGCCCGAGUCCCCGUCCCCCACAGAGGACUGCAAAAGGAUGUACAGCGACACGUGA